CGGCCGGCCAGGGCGGCGUCGUAAACGGCCAGGGCAGCACCGCAUCGGGCCAGGGCCGAAACGUCGACGGCGAGGGCAGCCGCGUCGGGGGCCAGGGCAGCGCCGCGCAGGGCCAAGGCAUCGACGCAUAUGGCCAGGGCAGCAGGGUCGAGGGCCAGGGCAGCGCCGCAGAGGGCCAGGGCAGUAACGUAGCGGGCCAGGGCAGCAACGCAGACGGCCAGGGCUGCCGCGUCGAGGGCCAGGGCAACGUCGCGGAGGGCCAGCGCAGCAGCUACCAGGGCGGCAGCGUCGAGGGCCAGGGCAGCAACGUCGAUGGCCAAGGCAGCAGCGUCGAGGGCCAGGGCAGCGGCGUCGAGGGCCAGGGCGGCAGCGCAGAGGGCCAUGGCAGCAACGUAGAGGGCCGCGGCGGCAGCGUCGACGGCCACGGCAGCAGCGUCGAAGGCGACGGGAUCGAGAGCAGCGCAAGGUCCGCGGCCAGCGUGAUCAGCGACAGCCGCGCGGGCGCG